CUCUCUCUCUCUCUCCCCCAACUGAUUUCUAUUAAAUAGAUCCAAUUCGAUGUCCGUUGCAAAUCGUAACAGUUUACGAGUAUAAUUUAGGUUUCAAUCUAUCAAUCAUGUUGUAUGUUUGUGUGUAUAUGUGCUUGCAAUUCUGUGUGUCCGUUUGAUUUUUUGAUUUUGCCGCCCAAUUGCACUUCAAUUUCAGCUGUAAUUGGAUGAAUUUCGAAUUCUGGAUUCAUGAAAACCUAAUUUACAAUUUUUAUUCGAGAUAUCUGUUUGCUCGCCCCGAAAAUUACACGAUUACAGAGACGAGUAUGUAGUUUGAUUUCAAUAGUGUUGUUCAAUUUUCGAACUUCAAACUAUACAAGUACAGCUUUAAACUUAUAUUAUCCACGUCUCCUAGGAUGCUUCACAUAUUGCUGAAAUUUGGAUGUAAUUUAGAUUUGGACAUGCGAAGCCUGAUCUACGAUUUCACUUUCGAGUUUCCGUUUUGUUUGCUUUAGAAAUUAAUGCAGGAUUGUAGUGACGAUUAUAUAGUUUCUCAAAUUCUGUUUGAAGAGAUUUUGAAGAUUGUGUUGUAUGUGUAUAACUUUGAAGUUGAUUUAAUCAUUCAUCUGACUGUUUGAAAAUUGAACAUUAAUAUCUUGUGAAUUACUGGCCGAAAACUACUCUAUUGCGUUAGGUAUCUGGAGAUUGCUAAUAAACGGUUGCUAAUCCUUUUAAAAAUGAUCUUACAUGAAUUCUUCAAUCCUACAUGUUUGUGUAGUUGCUGUUGAUCUGAAUACUUACCUCUAUCACUUCAUUCAUACAUUUGAGAACCUCACUUGCUGAUAAGCAUGAGGAACAGAAUCCAGAUACAUUAUUUAGACUCAACUAAUUGACUGGACGAGCUUCUUGAAAAGCAAAAUAUUGUUUCUUACUAGUUUUAUUGAUUUCUGUCCCAUCUAAAACUUAAUUCUUCCACUACAUUGUACUCUAGAAAGCUUGAAGCAAGCCCCUUGUAUAUAUUUUGGAAUCAGGUAUUAUCGCUGAAGCUACAAUGAGAUGCAAUUCGUGCUGGAGGGAACUAGAAGGGAAAGCUGUUAGCACCACUUGUGGUCACCUAUUGUGUACCGAGGAUGCCGGUAGGAUUCUCAGCAGUGAUGCAGCUUGCCCAAUAUGUGACCAAGUACUCUCUAAAAGUCUUAUGAGGCCUGUGGAUGUAAAUCCAAAUGAUGAGUGGAUCAAUAUGGCCAUGGCUGGGAUUAGUCCUCAAAUACUGAUGAAAAGUGCAUACAGAAGUGUGAUGUUCUACAUUGGGCAGAAGGAACUGGAGAUGCAAUUUAAGAUGAACAGAAUAGUGGCUCAGUGCCGACAAAAAUGUGAAGCAAUGCAAGAAAAAUUCACAGAAAAAUUGGAGCAAGUGCAUACUGCAUAUCAGAAGAUGGCAAAAAAGUGCCAGAUGAUGGAACAGGAAAUGGAGAGUUUAUCAAAAGACAAGCAGGAACUUCAGGAAAAAUUCGCUGAGAAGUCCAGGCAAAAAAGAAAGCUUGAUGAAAUGUAUGAUCAGCUAAGAUGCGAAUACGAGUCAGUUAAAAGAACAGCAAUUCAACCUGCUAACAAUUUCUAUUCCGGAACUGAACCUGAUAUGUUUGCAAGUCCAGCUAACAUGAUGCAUAAUAGGGAUCCUCUCAGGAAAGAUUGGCCGCCUUACACUCCCGAUACUCCAGGACCUCGAGAGGAUAUAUGGCCUUCAGCAGCAAGACAGAAUAGUUCUAAUUCUGGUCCCUUUGAUGUCUCUGCUGGCUCACCUGUAAAACAGUCAGCCGGGGUACCUGAUUUUAGCAACAGAAGAGGUAUUAAUCGUACAGCAUUUGGGGCUGGAGCGGGAUCUGGAGCAGCAAAUCCGUCAAUGACAUUAAGAAAUCUCAUCAUUUCACCAAUAAAGCGACCUCAACUCUCACGAAGUCGGCCUCAAAUGUUCACGCUGUAAAGAGGAGUAAACCUGAAUGUGUGGAUCAAACCUGGUAGUAUGGAGCCACUUGGCCAGCAGUUCCUGUUCUUGUUUGCAGACCUGUGAAACAGAUUGUGACCCCCUAUGUUUGACUUGUACAGUAAUAUUCUUAGGAGUGAAUCUGUAUAUGUCGAUUAGACUUGGUACUUCUGAGCUUUCUGUUCUUUAUUGCUUACCAGGCGAAAUAGAAUUGACCCACGUAUGUUCUUAAACAGUUUGUAUGUCUUAAAAGGCACUCGGUCUCCUUGUAAUCAAUCUGAAGCAUUACACUGCAUGCAGUAUGAUAUGAACAUCUGGAU